AUGAGCAAUGCUCUCGUAAGAGCAGGUCACGGCCUGACGCUGGCGGAGAAGCGUAUUGUCAUGCUGGCCAUCACGGCAGCCGAAUAUGCGGAAACAUUCUCCGUUGAUGCUAGGACAGCCUACGAAGCCCUACAGGAUGCGGCAAAGCACCUGUUCGACCGUAAAAUCACCUUUUUCGAGCCUGCCUACACACGGGCCGGAAAGCCACUCAAACCCAUCCGCAAUGACAUGCGAUGGUUCACCACCUACAAGCUGCAACAAGCCAACGCUCUCCGAUCAGCCUACUCAUGGCGGCUCUUGGAACUGCUCAUGCACUAUCGGGACAGUGGGAUAGCCGAAUAUACCAUUGAGGAUUUCUGCGCCUCGAUGGACGCCACAGAGAAACAGAAGGCCGAUUUCAACAAUAUCCGUCGCCGCAUCAUCGAGCCCGCUGUCAAAGAACUGAUCGAGAAAGACGGCUGGCUUAUCCAGUGGACGCCCAUCAAGGCGGGUCGAAAGGUCUCACGGCUUCGCUUUGAGUUCAGGAAGAACCCACAACCCGAUCUGUUCCCCCCACCAUAG